CCACUAGGCAACCAGGUAAAUAGGCUAAGAGAUUCAUACAUUGGAGGUCAUCAGAUGUUUGGAUUGGAAGCUUAAGUCAGAGCCUGCCUGGUGGUUUGCUUCCCCGCGCGCGUCCUUUUAGCCUCCUCCGGGAUACCGUAGUCAGAAGGCGAUUCCAGCGUCGUUUCCAUGACGACGGCGGCGGCAAAGCGGCCUUGUUUAGCGCAGCGGUUUCCAUGGCGCCCGGCCGGCAGCAAUGGCGGACAAGCAGCUGUUACGAGCGCUGCGGGGCGGGCCAGGGACGCGCUCUUUCUCGAUGGCGGCGCAGAGGCUGCCCCACUUGCCCCGGGGCCUGGGGAGGAUGAGCGGCCUGGAGAGGCUGAACCUGAAAGGGAAUCGGCUGCGCCGGCUGCCCCAGGAAGUCGAGGCGCUCGGCCGGAUGGAUUGCAGAAUUUGGUACUCCUCAAUCUGAACAACAACCGGCUCACUUAUCUUCCUCCAGAGAUUCAAAGGCUUCAGAAUCUUGAAUGUAUGAGUUUAGACAAUAACCAACUGAGAACUCUUCCCAAAGAAUUCUGCUGUCUCAGAAAGCUGCGUGAACUCCAUUUGUCCCACAAUUCUAUCACUGCCAUCCCUGAAGACAUUGAAUACCUAACAAAACUCAAAAUCCUGAUUUUGUCAAGAAAUCAAGUAGCAAACCUCCCUGAUGGACUUUGUAAAAUGAAGAGGCUGAGAAUUCUAGAUGUAGCAGGAAACAACAUUCAGAUUUUCCCCACAGACAUGGAAAAUCUUGAGCUUGAAGAACUUUAUUGUGAAGAUAAUCCAUUGCUUGAGAAGAAUCCAGUUAGUGCCAUACAAGAAGAGGACAUUUUGACUCUUAAGGAGCUAACAGCAAGAUUUAUUCUCGCUCAGCUGGAAAACAAAAACAUUUAUUUACACAGAGCAAUGCAGAACAACCUAGAAGUGCAGACAAUCCUCUCCCAUAAACGAAAGUGUGCUCAGUGUGGCUCUAGUUUUCUGGGCAUGUGGCUAGAAUGUGUGAAAUUUCUGGAUGUAAAACAGCAAAUGAAGACUAGCAGAAACUUGGAGCUCUUACCCGUCAGGGCAUUUCUGUGCUCAUACAAGUGCUUUAACCACCGUGACCACGGACUCUUUGGGAUUGCUGUGCUCUAGACCAAGCAGUCGACUCAGAACUUCAACAAGAUCUGAUUAUUAUGAGAACUUAAGCUGAACUUACCAUUUGGUGCAAUGUCAAUAUCACUUUAAAAUACACAAUUGUUUUGGAACAGUGGUUUCAGAGAGGUGAUCUAGUUGUGGGCAGGAAUUAUGCCUUACAGCUGUGCAGAGCUAGCAGUGUGCUUUGGCAGGCAUGACUCUGCUUCUGAAAAUGGAUAACUCAAGUAAUGGCAUUGUUCAGCAGUGAGGUAAAGUUUUAUAAACUAACUAACCUGGGUUACUGUGGUUUCUUUGGCUGCUAUGUUACGAUGCAUGCUGUACCCAAAUGUGUAAUUCUGAUAAGUAUUUUCUCUUCAUCUCCUGAAAAACUAGGGUCUGAGCCUAAAAGUGCAAAAGAGUAUGGUGAUUACGUAGUCCUUGUUUUCCAUUAUAAAUCCUGUUUUCCAAAAGUUUAUAACUUGGCUUUAACACUUGGCAUGCAGAAUUUUAAAUGCAGGAGAAAAUGUGCUGGAGUGUUUAAAAAGAAAAAGAAAAGAAA